GGCGUUGCCGCAGCUCCUCCUCCUCACUAGUUCUCCUCCAGAGGAUUACAUAUCUCCGUCACACGGCUUUACACACCACAAACAGCUCCACUAGAACCUCCAGAGUCUCUUUAUUAACAGAUACACAUCAAAUAAAGGACAUAAAGAUGGCGAACUACAUCCACGUUCCGGACGAGGCUCCAGCUGUUCCUAAAAUAAACGUGACAGUCGAGGAGAGCGACUACAGAUCCGGAGCUCUGCAGCUCAUCAAGGAGCUCCGACCGAGCUGGAAGCCGGCUGAGGUCAAACUAAAGUUUUUCACAGAUGGGAUAACCAACAAGCUGCUGGGCUGCUACGUGGGCGCAGUCAUGCAGGAUGUGGUCCUGGUUCGCAUUUAUGGCAACAAAACGGAGUUGUUGGUCGACCGGGAAAACGAAGUGAAAAGUUUCCGUGUACUACACGAAAACCGCUGCGCCCCACACCUAUACUGCACCUUCAACAAUGGCCUUUGUUAUGAAUUUCUGCAAGGAACUGCGCUGGAGCCUGAGCACAUCCGCAGCCAACCUGUGUUCAGGCUCAUUGCCAGGCAGCUGUCCAAGUACCACGCCAUCCAUGCCCACAACGGCUGGGUGCCCCAGUCUGACCUGUGGCUGAAGAUGGGCAAAUACUUUGCUCUCAUCCCCAAGUACUUCACGGACCCUGAGCGGAACGCCAGGUUGCGUACGGAGGUGCCCAGCCCACGGUGCCUCCGAGAAGAGCUGGUGUGGCUCCAGCAGAGCUUGUCUGUGCUGGGCUCCCCCGUUGUUCUCUGCCACAACGACCUGCUCUGCAAAAACAUAAUAUAUAAUGAGGAGGCAGGCAAUGUAAAGUUCAUUGACUACGAGUACGCUGGGUACAAUUACCAAGCCUACGACAUUGGGAAUCAUUUCAAUGAGUUUGCUGGCCUGAAUGAGGUGGAUUAUAGUAACUACCCUCAGAGGGCCUUUCAGCUGCAGUGGCUCCGCUCCUACCUGGAGGCCUAUAAGGAGCUCAAAGGCCAAGGCACUGAAGUGACGGACGGAGAGGUGGAAGUUCUUUACGUCCAAGUCAACCGAUUUGCCCUGGCAUCUCAUUUCUUCUGGGGUCUCUGGGCUCUGAUUCAGGCCAAGGUCUCCACCAUCGACUUUGACUUCUUGGGAUAUGCAGUCCUGCGCUUCAACCAGUACUUCAAGAUGAAACUGGAGGUAGCUGAGCUCAACUUACCCGAAUAAACCCACCCUCACACCCCCCUUCAUCUUCUCUUCCUCCCUUCCAAUCUGCUCUGAACCUCACAUGACGACCGCAGAGCGCCCCGUAGGGGUUUUUUAAGUAGGGAAGAGCCAGACUGAGAGUCUGUCCUGCUCAGUGCCUACAGGUCCCCUCUACAUUAACCGCUAAGUCGCCCAAGUCAUUUGUAACGUGGGCGCGUGUGUGAAGUAGAGACUUGAGACCUGCUAUAAUGUGAAACCCACAUGGCUAAAUUUGCUGCGGUAUUCUAAUAUCAAUUAGACUAACAUGAUAUCAGCGUAUUGUAUUUGUAAGCAGCUUUUUUUCCUCGUAGCUCAAAUCGUUACGAUAAUAAGACGAAGGUGGUCACCUCAUUCGCAGCCACCUACAUGACCGACAGGUGGCCCAAACACUAAUCUGAUCGCCUGGAGACUUCCUUCCUCGUAUGCGCAUUCGUGUGGGGAAAAAACCCUUCGAGAGCCGGCCCAGCUAACGACCAAAUUUAUAGCGAAGUGAAAGCAACACAAAGCCCGCUUUGUUCGCUGAAGAUGAAAGAAAAAAAAAGAAAUGCCAACAUGGAAAGGCCAGUGCUGUCCCUUAAACCCAUUUGAGAUGAGCCAAAUCAAAAAAAAGAAAACUUGUGGCCUGCCUUGUGACUGUCUUGUUUUCACCCUUAUUUUCCUCAGCAUACUGUAUGCACGGGUGGUGCGCCAGAGAAGCCGUGUGGUUGUUGUCGCUGCGUAGUUUGGUGAGGGCUUGUGUGUUUUGACUUUCUGGACUGAAGGUAGAAACACGGAGUUGGGAGGAGAGCGUCUUGUGUUUACAUCUAACUUCUCCCUUUGGUUAAAUAGUCAUACUGUUUGUCUUUUGACUCGAGGGAGAUUUUCACUGUAACGUACGUUUCGUGUUCGUUUUUGGCUUCUGUCUUAAGUCUUAACUGUGAGGACAAGCUCGCAUCUCACUGUAAUUUGAACAUUCCUUGUUCAUGCUAGAUAGGAGACAGUUCACAUGGUAGCAGUGUCGGGGGAACUUUAUUCACUGUGACAUCGACUGUAAGACAUGCUGUAAUAAACGAGACCAAACCAUUAUAUUGUCUGCUCCGUGUCCGUCAGGGAACGUUCGGGGGAAUCAUCUUUACAAAAAAACACUGCUGUUCAGUCCUAAUGAAGUAAGGACGUUUUAUACACGUGUAGACCAGUUUUCAUUCAUGUGAGUGUAUUAAGAUAAGUGUGAUGAUCUGUCGCAUUGCUGAGCCCGCUGUUGGCAUUCAUCGUUUUAGUGUUGAGGGUCUGUUGAAAAGUGGAGAAGUGGAGUUACACACACAUCUGUGUUUGGUUAAAAUGUAAUGAAAGUCAGUUGUUGGUGGGACUGGAGGAGCAAGAGCACCAUCUGUUGGAGGGAGAAAAAAAAAAAUAAUGGCUGCUGUCAGUAACUUCUUGAUAUUCACCUUUUGACCUUGAGCUUUAGGAGGCCACUCUUAAAAAAACUAAAACAAGUUUAAUCUCUUGGUUACUUUAACAAGCCUACACCAAAGUGCUGUUUUUUUGCUUGUACAUAAUGCACACUUUUUUUCAUUUUCCAUGUAGCACAAAAGAGACUUAGAAUAACAGUUAUAUAGACUUUUUUAUACUUGUUGUUGAGGUCUUUGAGAGUGUGGAUGUUUGCGGAUGCAGCAGCAGAUGACUCUUGGACAAACAUAGCAUAUUUUUAAAACAGCAUUACAUCAUUUAAAGGGCCAAGAAGAGGCUGAUUUUCAGGUUUCUUUACAUAACGGUUUGCAUAUGGCAUGUUUGCCCAUGUGUUCUCUGCUGUGACAAGUUUGCAAAGCUCCGUGAUGAGACCAUUACUGACACGACUGGAUAAACACGUCUCAUGUUCACACUAGUCUGCCGGUGUGCCUGUUGACAGCUCUUAUUUUGUACUCGCAGUUUUGAAGUUUUUGAAGGCUGAAUUACGAUUGCAGAAUAUGAAUAAUAUGAAUUUGAAAUGUGUGUACGUUGGCUCCUGCCAUGUGAAAAUCUUCCAUAAAAGCGUAUUUGAUUGGUAAAGUGAAGUUGUCCGGUUUGACUUGUAACAUGUUAAGGGUCUAUGAAAGAUAAUCUGUUGGGUGUCCGGUUAGUGCCCUUACCAUGUCAGACCACAUUAACACAUAACAUGCAUCAAUUAAUUUGCAAAUUUGACUACCGUAAAAUCAGAAUAUUAAAAAUAAUACUGCUGAAAUAUUUCCUCUAGGCUUUAUUUCCCCAUGUAUGUGAAACGAAUGAAGGCAUUUAACGUGUGCGUCAUACGUAGGUCAUCUUAGCACUGCUAAUAACAUGAACCUGCACUACUAUUUAACAUUGUACAAAAGUCUGUUCUUUAACUUCUCUGGCCACUUUAGCAUAUGUUUAUAUGUACAGUAAAAAACACAUGUAAUAAUAUCUUUGCUUGUUCUCAAAUGUGAAUGAAUGUACAUAGAGGGAGUUCUUUUUUUUAAGUUGCAUUAAAGUGAAUAGUUGCCUGGGGUAAGAGGUGAAAUAAAAAAAAAAAUAAUGACAUUUUCAAUACUGUAAACAAGCUUUGAAAAAUAAAGUCUAUUUACCCUUA